GAAACUGAACUAUCUAAGGAAAACACUGUGAACAAACACAGAGGGCCGAGGAAAACCAUCUGAUCAGAGCAGCUACCCGGGAGCGCGGCAAGACGAAGGCGGCAGCUGGGCGGGAGGACGAGGAGCCGGGCCAUGUCCACCACAAGAUGCCAAAUGGUGGGCUUCCUGCUGUCCGCCCUGGGCCUGGCCGGCUGCAUCGUUGCCACGGAGAUGGACAUGUGGAGCACCCAGGACCUAUACGACAACCCGGUCACCGCCGUGUUCCAGUACGAAGGGCUCUGGCGCAGCUGCGUGCAGCAAAGCUCGGGCUUCACCGAGUGCCGGCCCUACCUCACCAUCCUGGGCCUGCCAGCCAUGCUGCAGGCAGUGCGAGCCCUGAUGAUCGUGGGCAUCAUCCUGAGUGUCAUUGGCCUCCUGGUGGCCAUCUUUGCCCUAAAGUGCAUCCGUAUUGGCAACAUGGAUGACUCCGCCAAAGCCAAAAUGACACUCACCUCUGGGAUCAUGUUCAUCAUCGCAGGUCUCUGUGCGAUUGCUGGAGUGUCUGUGUUUGCCAACAUGCUGGUUACUAACUUCUGGAUGUCCACAGCUAGCAUGUACACCAGCAUGGGGGGGAUGGUGCAGACCGUUCAGACCAGGUACACCUUUGGUGCAGCUCUGUUCGUGGGAUGGGUCGCUGGAGGCCUCACGCUGAUUGGGGGUGUGCUGAUGUGCAUCGCUUGCCGGGGUCUGGCCCCCGAGGAAACCAACUACAAAGCCGUCUCUUACCACGCCUCAGGUCACAACGUUGCCUACAGGCCUGGAGGCUUCAAAGCCAGCACUGGCUUUGAGUCUAGCACCAGAAACAAGAAGAUAUAUGACGGGGGUGCCCGCACAGAGGAUGAGGGACAGUCUCACCCUUCCAAGUACGACUACGUGUAGCCCUCCCCCCAAGUCGCCCAGGCAGUGGCAGAAGAAACCCCUCAACGAGAUCUCACCCCAAAACAAGGAAUUUUACCUUGAUUUCCCAUACCUUUUGAUUCACAGUUGGAAGUUAGAAAGCCUUGGUUUCCCCUGUGGUGAGGCCAGAUGGUCUUGGCUACAUGUCUCUGUCUCUAAAUGUUCCAUCACAAAACAGCUGAGUUAUCAUAUGGCAUUAGAGGCUACAGCCCACAUCUUCCAGUCCUCUUAUUUCUCUUUUUUUGACAUAACCUUUUUAAUCUGAUGAUAGAAUGUGGUUUGAAUUCCUAUCAAUCACUUAGAUCACGUAGACAAAAUGUCCGUCCUCCUUCUAGCCGACAGCCCAUUGAUGAUCUAUUUCCCAACUCAUCCCCCAGAACAAUUCUGAAAGGAAAAAAUGAGUCAAUCAAAUGACAUCAUUUUCUGAUAUUUGAUUUUUGCCUACCCUCCCACCCCCAGCCCUCACUUGGCUACUAAUAAACACUGAUUGAAGAAGAAAUAGGGAAAGGGGAUAUUUUUCAUAUCUGCAGUUCAUUAUCUGAGUUUUCUUACGCUGUGAUCUUUAACAUUACUUGACCCAAAGGGAUUUCACUUGGCAGAAACCAACAUUUCCACUUCUGCUAACAUCUGCUGGACUCCCCACUGCAUGUCCUCUUUCUGUCACAGGCCAGAAAGAGUCUCUGGAGGAACAAGAAAAGGAUUUUUUCUUUUUCCUUUUUAUUUUUUUUAUAAUCUAAAUAUAUUUGGUAUUCUAAAUAUAGUUAGAAUAAAUAAUGUAUUAGUGAAAUGAUACACUGUCUCUGUGAAUUAGCCUCACCCCUGCACAUGAA